AUGGGCGGGGUGACGUCGUCUAUGGCGGCGAAGUUCGCAUUCUUUCCGCCCAAUCCGCCGUCGUACGAGGUGGUUCACGACGGCGCGACAGGGCUGCUGCUGCUGAGCCCGUUCCCCCACCGCGAGAACGUGGAGGUCAUGAGGCUGCGGACGCGGCGUGGGUCGGAGAUAGUGGCGGUGUACGUGCGGAACCCGAUGGCGACAUCCACCUUGCUUUACUCGCAUGGCAACGCCGCUGAUCUUGGGCAGAUGUACGAGCUGUUUAUCGAGCUUAGCAUACAUUUGCGGGUCAAUCUCCUCGGGUAUGACUAUUCUGGCUAUGGACAGUCAUCUGGGAAGCCCAGUGAGCAUAACACAUAUGCAGAUAUUGAAGCUGCAUUUAAGUGUCUCGAAGAGAAUUAUGGUACCAAACAGGAAGAUUUGAUACUGUACGGACAAUCAGUUGGGAGUGGGCCCACCUUGGAUCUAGCGGCUCGUCUUCCUCGUUUAAGAGCCGUUGUUUUACAUAGUCCUAUACUAUCAGGCGUUAGAGUUAUGUAUGCUGUAAAACGCACAUACUGGUUUGACAUCUACAAGAACAUCGAUAAAAUGCCUCAGGUUAAUUGUCCGGUUCUCGUCAUUCAUGGGACGGCAGAUGAGGUGGUGGACUUCUCACACGGCAAACAGCUGUGGGAGCUGUGCAAGCACAAGUACGAGCCCCUGUGGGUAAAGGGUGGGACCCACUGCAACCUCGAGCUGUACCCGGAAUACAUUAGGCACCUCAAGAAAUUCAUCUCGACUGUUGAGCGGGGCCCGUCCUCCUCCCGCAGGAUCAGCACGCGGAAAAGUACCGAGCAACUCGAGCCAUCAAGGAAGAGCACAGACUCGUCAUUGUUCGAGCUGCCAAGGAGGAGCACGGAUUGGAGGGAGAAGCCCAGGCACAGCACGGACAGGUUAGAAAGGACCGUGAAAAACAAUGGGCCCCAAAAUGGGGAUCGAUCGAGAAUGUCGUUUGAGCAGGUGGAGAGGUCGAGGAGGAGUGUUGAUAGUGUCGAGAAAUCGUGGAAGUCUGUGGUAGAUUAUAAUCAGUUUGAGAGGGGGAGGAAGAGUGUGGAUAGGUUGGAGAGAAUACGGUAA